UUCAAGAUAGUGCCAGAACGGGACUUCACUUCUAUGAAGUGUAUUACCAUUGCAUAGAAAAUUUUUCUGCAGUGAAGUCCUAAGCUGCAGCAGUUUUGAAUGGGAUUUCUGUUCUUCCAGAGACUGCAAAUAUCUGUAGAUACCACUGCUUAUCAUCAAUAUGAAAAGUAGUUUUAAAGCUUUUUUUUUUCCCUGUUUUUAGGUUUUUUUUCCCUACCACCAUCUUCAGGUUCUCUAAGGUGAAUGCUGCAAAUCCAUUACUUUUAAACAGAGUUGACUGUUGACUUAAACAGAGCUAUUUAUUUCCUUAAAAGUGGGCUUGUGCUCAGAUGCAUCACUGAGGUGAGGGAGACCAAAGUGUUCUGUAAACUAACCCUCACAAUGUCGCUGUGAGGCUAGUGACCACUUUUUUUCUCAUGUUACAGGCGUGGGGCCCAAAUAAGCCGUGACUCACGCAGCAAGCUAAUGGCAGAUGCAUGAUUAAAAUGCAAGAUUCCACUCUUGAUGUUUUAUGCAAGUUAUUAAAUCUUCCAUUUCCGAAAAUGAGAGAAACAGUAAAAAUUAUUACAUUCAUGUUGCCUAUUUCAGCCCAUGUGCCAUAUUUCCUGGUGUACUCUCUUGAAUCCUCUAUAUUUAAGUAAUUGGUCAAUUCACUUGUAUGCAAAGAAACAAAUAGUUUCUGAAUAAUUUCCUUCAUUGGAACGUGCUAUUGUUUUAACUAUUAAUGAGAAACAGGAUAAAGUUCCCCAAUUUGUAAGUGAUUUACUAAGAAUAACUGUGUCAAAAAGAGACAAAGGGGAGAAAAAUUGAAGUCACCGGAAUUGUCAGGCAUCAUUUUAGAUACACAGACCACAGUUCGAUGCUGCGGCUUCUGUCUUACAUUGCUUUGUUUCAGUGAGCAAGAUCUGAAGAUGUUACAAACAUAUGGGAGCAGACUGAAAAUAGCUGUCUUGAGGUCAGCUAAGAACACUUGAAUGCUUGCAGGAUAAUGUUUGGUGUCCAAGAACUGGAAAAGACCAACAUGUCACUGCAGUUUCUGCAGUUUCUGCAUCUCUGCAGAAGAACCAUGGAAAUCACUAGAUUUUUUUUACGUGAACUUUCUGAAAAGUUAGAUGCUUCGUCUGCUGCAUCAGAUGCUUUCCUGACAAUUAUAUAAGUGAAGUCAAAUGGCUUCUGCUGAGUUUAUUCGCACAAACUGUGGGUGAAGGACAAAAGCCUGGUCGUCAGGGUUUCCCACAAGGGAAACCAUUUCUCUUGGACAAAACCCCACUUUGCCUGUGAUCAUUCAGCCUCACUGUUAAUGGAGAUCUACCAAACAUCUUAAGAAGAGACUAGUAGCUAAAUUCAUGGCUCUUCUGUGUGCUGUAAGCCAUAAACCUGAGCGUGGUUUUGCUUGGCGUGCUGUAAUUUCAUACUUGUUCCCACAGAUAAACUCGUACUCCACAGGCUACUAAUUACCUGUCUCCUUCCCUUGGGAAGCAAUCUUCUUGCCAUUCUCUAGCCCCUGCUCCAGUGCCAUCCACAGAUAAUAACUAAACUGUUUUGUGUAUCACCUAAACAUAUGUAAUUGAACUUUCCUACUUGUAUAUAGGUUUGAAAUUUGCUUUUGGCGCAGAGGAAGACUUGUGUGCUCAAAAGAUUGCAUUAGACCAGCUGAUGAAGAUUUCUUCUAUCUACAGACCUUGUCUUAUACUGUAAAUAUUAUGCAUACUUACAAUUCUGUCUCUUGAUCUGUGGUACUUUGGAAGGACUUGUUUUAGGAAAUGAGAUCUUCACUGAGCUAGUUUCCAGUGGUUGUGUAUCAUGCAAUUUUGUGUGUUUUCUCUGUGUCAGAAAAAUUCAGUAAGAAUUAGUAGUUGCUGCACAGGAAACUCAGAAAAUGUGAUGCACUAUAACUUAUUUUGGACAAAGUUUCGUAAUUCUUACCAUGUUUGUAUCUCUGUUACUCGCCGACUGUGGCUGUUUGUCCUCUGAUUUUCUUAUGAAACUGCUGGGCAAGGGAGGAAACUCAGUGGUGGCAUGUAGCAAAGAACUUAUAUGGUGGAAGAGUUUUUACACUUUUUAAGUCAGCUGGGAUUUUUCAGGCUGUUACAAGCAUUGUUGUGAUUUCCAACAGUUACUUACCUGUCUUAAUGUGUUUUACUCUGUGCAGAUUCUUUCCAGCUUUUGCUCACAUGGGCGGCAAAGUAGGUUCCUAAAAACAUGCUGUCUGUUAUCGUAGUGGAUAGGUGUAAUUUCAAGACAAGGCAGUGGAAGAAGAUGUGGAACCAGAUUGGAAAGCAUGUGGGCACUCCAGGUGUCUGCUGGGAACUGUGAAUUUUCUUCAUUGUGAGGUUAAGAUUUCUUGAACUGAGGGCUUCUGAAACGCUUGAAACGUUGUCCUGAAAUUAGUAUCUCCAUUGUAGUUGACCAGCUUGGAGGUUUGUAAAGGUGUAUGUGUCAUAGUUUAGGAGUUUGCUUUACACCACUUUCUGUUCAGUAGUUGUAGCUACUUUGGAGCUUUUUAACACCAACUUCUUGUCCCUUUCCCUUCUCUUGGGCUUCUCGCUGCCCUUUGGUCUCAUACCAGACAAGCAGCUGUGCCAGGAAAGCAACAGUAACCAUCAUGGCACUGUACUGCAUGGGAAAUACUUUUCUUGAUGUGUGUGGUUUUCCUCCACCUUUCCUCCAUAUUUUCCUUAAUGGUGAUUAUAUACUCUGAGAUUAAGUAGCAUAGUAAUAGGUCAGCACUACAGCAGGUGGUGUUUUAUAGCCCAGAGCAACAGAAGCAUUUUUUUUGUUGGGGUUUUUUUUUUUUCCUGGUUUUCCUUUUGUUUUUAAGACCUGUGAACUGUGCAUCCUUAAAGUAAGCUUGAGGGAAGCAUUAAUUUCUUUGCACUGUAUGGAAGUAAGCAUACUUUGUUGACAAAGUUUUGAGAAGGUGCAAGGGUGUUACGAGAAGGGUGCGGGAGUUUUCUAGCACAUUUGACAUGUUUUGCUGCACUAAACAUUUGACUGCAGAAAAGUGUGAAGUAUCUUUGUAUAUUUCUUACCUUUUGGGUGGUGUCAGGUGAUGUUUUGAAUUACCUCAUAAAAGAACCUGAUUCCUUUCCAGGAAAUCAUCCCCAAACUGAGUAACAGGUAAGCAUGUCACUUGCUUCUGAGCACAUGCUCAUGUCUCGGGAGGUUCACAUGUUAUUCCUUGGUUGUACAGUGCAUGUUUCUAGCUUCUGCCAGUGUUGAACAAUGUGGGCUUGUAUGAGUGUGUAGUAGUGGCACAAGUUAAGAGUGGUGAAGGAAUACGUGAGGAGACUGGAGGUGGUGUGGCCUGUUCAGCAGCUCAGUGCCGUCUGCCUGCUGUGGUUUGCUGUCCACGCAGAUCAGAUGCUCAGACUUGCAGGUAAUCAUUGUUUUUGCUUAGAUGAUGUGCAAAACAAUCUCCCCCCCCCCCCCUUUUUUUUUUUUUUUUAGGGUGUUUUAAACUGAGUUGGGUCGUGUGAGCAGUAUGAGAACUUCUUGCUUGCUUAUGUUGUGGGAAGGGGUGCAUAAGCAGACAUCUGGAUUGUGUGGAGUAGUACUAGUCUUGCAAAAGAAGGACAUGCAAAUAGUGUAGCUGUCCAGCAGAUGGGUGGUAACGAGUACAUACCGAGCUGAAGCAUCUGAAAUGCUCUAGCCAAAUUUGUGUGCUGUAAGCUUCCCUGGUAGUAGUGAGCUGGAAGCACAUACUUACGUGUGUCCCUGAGUAAAAGCUGUGGUGCAUAAUGGAUUUGUAAGUAUUGCACAAUACCCUAUUGGAGGCUGAAGGGCAAGAAGUUUGGGAAUACUGAGAUAGCAGCCUGCCUGAAUGGCUUGGUAAAUAACAGGUUUGUACGGAUUAGCGUCUGUAUAACUGUUUUGAACUGAGGGUUUCUGAGGCGCUUGAAACAUAGUCCUGAAAUGAGUAUCUCCAUUGUAGUUGAGCAGCUUGGAGGCUUGUAAAGGUGUAUGUGUUAUGCUUUAGGAGUUUGCUUUACACCACUUUCUGUUCAGUAGUUGUAGCUACUUAGGAGCUUUCUGAUGCUGACUUCUUGUCCCUUUCCCUUCUCUUGGGCUUCUCAUCAGUUCUGUAUUAUGCAAUAACUUGGCUUUUACUGAAAUCACUCAGAAGCAAGCUGCAAAGUAAAAUACUGCAUCCCUCUGCAUACUACAGUACAUUUGUAGAACUAGUGGUGGUCUUGUGUAGGACUGCACCAUCACGAGGAGAUGCUCAGAUCAUAUGGUCCUUUAGGAGACCUCCUCCUUCUCUGGGUUUAGGAGAUCCUGGUGACAGGAGCAGUCCUCUCUGGUAUUUUUAAUUGCAAAUGGUCUCCUGGGGCCUUUGGUGUCAACAUUUCCAUUUCCUUGCUUGCAUUUCUGUUGGAUGCAGCAAGAAAAAAUGUUAUAUGGGCAAAUUCAGGUGCAUGGGAACUUGCAAGGAAAUGUGGUGUUUACAUAGUUUAAAUGGUUUUGAUUUUUUUUGUCUCCUCCAUUUUUCUCAAACUGUAUUUGUGCAACCAAAUAACUGUACUCUCCUGGGCAUAACUGGCCAUAUAGCCUAUUGCUACACUUGCAUUUGUGGGGUGGUAUCUGAAGGCUUAACAGAGUGGAAACAAAAAAGUAAAAAAGUCAGUAAUUUGAAUCAGAUUAUCAACAUGUCUUAAUUUUAAAGAAAAAACAGUAGCUGCUUUACAGGUUAGAAAGAUCCUUCUUUUGGCUAGAGAAUUUCAGAUAACACAGGAAGAGGGAAGGAAGUGUUGAAAUGGUUACUCCUGUUGUAAUGGAAAAUUUUAUACUAAAUCUUUUGAGUGUGUUAAGUAUCUCCUUCUGGCUUUGUUUCAUUAUUUUUAUUUUGUGAUGGGUAAGACAGUGGUUCUGCAGUCUUUUCUCCACCUGCCCUUGGGUUGACCUGUGUUUGCUCUUGAGUGGAAUAGUUGGAAAACUUUCACAGUUUGCAAAACAAGGCUUGCAAAGAAGGCGGAAUGCUUUGUACAAAACAGAAUUUUAUUGCAAUAUGACACAAGUGUUUUCAAUGUCUUGUAAUAAAUCAAUUUUUUUCCUUAAAGGGCUAUCAGUACUUUAAGAGGCCUUAGUAGGAAAAAUUGUAAAAUCAUUUUGUAGAAGUCAAUAUAACCAUUUAACCAUUCUGGAUUUACUUGAUAGAACUAAGCAAUUAAAAAACAUGUUAACUCUUUGUAUCAUGUUAUGAUGUACACUCUAGUUAUUUUGUCAGUGUGAUAAAAGCCGUACCUGAAAACUUUCUAACCAAGUUUAAGGAGUUGGGGGUGCAAACCAUAAAAAAAAAAAAAAAUCUCAAUGCUGGAUCAGGUUUCUUUAAAUUUUGAAUUAGAAAGAUUCACUAAUUGUUUCAGCUUGACAUAAAUACUGUCUUGGAAUUAGUUGAAAAGCUCCUUCUCUACUCAGCUUUUAACACCACUUUUAAAACAUAGAGAUUACUGAUUUUUCACUGCUGGAAGAUGACUGGUUGAGUGUAAAAGCUUUCACAUGUGGUGAAAGCAAGCUAUUCGACAGGGCUCAUAAUGCAUUGGGCAGAUAAGUUUGAGAGCAGGGCAUUAGGUUUGGGAAAUAGUUUGUCAAAGAACAGAAAGGAGAAUGGUGAAAAUCAAUUUGCUACAACAAACAGGUGCAAGAAACAUUGCUGGAGGACUUGGCAUGAUUUUUGCACUCUGGGAUGGCUACUCCAGUUAAUGUUUCUGUGCCUUUAUUGUCAUGGUGCGUACAUCUGCAGAUGCAUUGUGUCCCAUGAAAGGGUAAUCCAGGCCUCUUCCAUAAUAACCACUCUUUUGCCUUGAAACACUGAAGUAUCAAAUUUUAGCAUGUAAGACAAAAGGCUCCUUUGCUACUUCUCAGAAUAAGAUUACAGUUGUCACGUUUCUCUUUCACCAGUGUGCCUGGCACUUCAGAGUAUAGCUCAGACUUCCUUUUGUUAAUGGAAGAGAAAGAAGAUCUUUAUGCUUUUCUGUUAUUGUGACUUUGUAACAUGCAAGACACUGAUGUCAGGGGGAGCUCCCCUGCUUUCAUCCGGCCUCAGAACGGGAGCAGUCACAGGUCUUCGGGAGAACUGUCCCGAUCAAAAUCCUCGUCUUAAAAACUGGAGCCCCGGAAAAGAUCCUGAAAAGAGAGUUUUUAUCAAAAAAGGGGAUUUGUUUCGUCUGAACUCAGACGCUACAGUACACUCUAUAGUUAUACAGGAUGGAGGGUUACUUGUAUUUGGUGAUGAUAAAGAAGGUUCUAAAAAUAUUACCUUGAGAACUCGAUUUAUCCUGAUAAAGGAUGGUGGAAUGCUUCAUGUUGGAGCAGAGAAAUGCCGCUAUAAAUCCAAAGCAACUAUUAUUUUGUAUGGGAAGUCAAACGAAGGUGCUGAUGUGCCAGAAUUUGGCCAAAAAUUUAUUGGUGUGGGCCCUGAAGGAACACUGGAGUUACAUGGGCACCAGAAGUUAUCAUGGACUCUUCUAUCAAAGACUGUGUAUUUCUCAGGGCUGGCCUAUGGUCAUUAUUCAUUUAAAAAAAAUUUUUCCCGAGGACUAAAUGUGAGAGUGAUUGAUCAGGACACAGCAGAGGUUUUGGAAGUGCUGAAGUUUGACACUCAUGAGUUUUCAGAAGAAAGCUUGAAGCUCCAGAACUUACUGAAAAAUGGAAGUCCAGGUCGCAUUGUUGCUAUUGCUGUAGGAGAUUCAGCUGCUAAAAAUCUACUGGAGGAGACCAGAGUGACUAUUCAAAAUCUUUUGGGAAGUAAGUUUGUCAGAGGAUUGAGUUACAGGCAAGCCUGGGCUUUCGUUGGUGUCAUAGGUGGUGGAAAUUCUUCCUGUAAUGAAUCGGUGAGAAACUAUGAAAAUCACAGUACCGGUGGGAAGGCUCUUGCUCAGAAAGAAUUUUUCACAGUGGAUGGUCAGAAGUUUGUUGUGAGAGCUUACAGCGAAUGGAACGAUGGUGUCCCAAUUUCAGGCUUCCAGGUGGAAGCUGUAGGUGGAGUGAUUCUGAAUCUUCUGGAUGAUGUUAGUAGUUGGGAGCCUGGAGACCGGAUUGUUGUGGCAAGCACAGACUACUCAAUGUAUCAGACAGAGGAAUUCACCCUUCUUCCCUGCCCCAAGUGUACCAAGUAUCAGGUCAAAGUCAAAGAAAAUCCUCAGUUUCCUCAUGUAGGAGAAGUUAUUGAUGGAGUGGACAUGAGGGCAGAAGUCGGAGUUCUUACAAGAAACAUCUUAAUCAAGGGAGAGACAGCAGAUACCUGCUAUCGUGAAAAGGAGUGCCAGUUCUUCAAUUACGAUACAUUUGGUGGACAUAUCAAGAUUUUGAAGAAUUUCACAUCUGUUCAUCUCUCCUAUGUGGAAUUGAAGCAAAUGGGCCAGCAGCAGAUUGGAAGCUACCCUGUUCACUUUCACCUUUGUGGGGAUGUGGAUGAAAAAGGAGGUUAUAGUUUUAAGACUUACCUGGAAGGUCUUUCCAUUCAUCACUGUUUUUCCAGAUGUGUGACUAUUCAUGCAACUAAUGGCUUGCUGAUAAAGGACACCAUUGGCUAUGACACACUAGGUCACUGUUUCUUCACAGAAGAUGGCAUUGAGCAGAGGAAUACUUUAUUCCACAACCUUGGGCUAGUCACAAAAGCAGGCACUCUUCUUCCUACGGAUAGAAACAGCAGCAUGUGUACUGGUAUUAGGGAUAAAGUUUACGGCAAUUAUGUCCCAGUGCCAGCCACAGACUGCAUGGCAGUUUCGACAUUCUGGAUUUCUCAUCCCAACAAUCAUCUUAUAAAUAAUGCAGCAGCAGGAUCACAGGAUGCUGGAAUAUGGUAUUUAUUCCACAGGGUUGCUACAGGAGAUUCUCAUAGUUUGGCCACUGAAACCAAGUCAGAGCUUACACCCCUAGGCAUCUUCUAUAACAACAGGGUUCAUUCUAAUUUUAAGGCUGGUUUGUUCAUUGAUAAAGGCGUUAAAACAACUAAUGCUAGCGCUGAUGAUCCCAGAGAGUACCUUUGUUUGGAUAACAAUGCAAGGUUCCGACCUCAUCAAGAUGCAGACCCUGAAAAACCCCGAGUUGCUGCCCUGCUUGACAGAUUAAUAUCUUUCAAAAACAAUGAUCAUGGGGCCUGGGUCAGGGGAGGAGAUAUCCUCAUUCAAAACUCUGGGUUUGCAGACAAUGGAAUAGGUUUGACAUUUGCUAGUGAUGGGAGCUUCCCAAAUGAUGAAGGUGCCAGCCAGGAGGUAUCCGAGUCGCUGUUCAUUGGUGAGAGCAAGAAUUACGGGUUUUCGGGCGGCCAAAAUAAAUAUGCGGGGACUGGUGGAAUAGACAACAAGGCACGCACUCUGCCUAGAAAUCGGACAUUUCCAAUCAGAGGAUUUCAAAUUUAUGAUGGACCUAUUCACCUUACCAAGUGCACGUUCAAAAACUUUGUGCCAACUCCAGACAGAUUUACCAGUGCAGUUGGAUUCUUAAUGAAAAAUCCAUGGCAGAUGACACCAAAAAACAACAUUUCUCUUGUGAAGUUUGGUCCAAAUGUUUCUUUGAAAGCUUUCUUUGGAAAACCUGGUCCCUGGUUUGAAGAAGGAGAUCUGGAUGGUGACAAGAACUCAAUAUUCCAUGAUCUAGAUGGUUCAGUGACUGACUACAAGAAUACUUAUGUGGGCAGAAUGGAUAACUACUUGAUUCAACACCCCAAAUGCAUUAAUAUUACAGAAUGGAGUGGAGUGGUUUGCAGUGGGGCCUAUGCACAGGUUUAUGUCCAAACAUGGAAUGGACAGAAUCUGUCCAUGACUAUUGUACGAGAUGAGUACCCAGCCAACCCCAUGGUUCUUCGAGGUAUUAAUCAGAAAGCUGUCUUUCAGCAAUACCAGCCAGUAGUGAUGCUCCAAAAGGGCUACACAAUACAUUGGAAUGGAAAAGCUCCAAAUGUCACCUAUCUUUAUCUCAUUAACUUCAACAAGAAUGACUGGAUUCGUGUUGGUCUUUGCUAUCAACCAAAUACAGAUUUUGUUAUAGUAUUAGAAACCUUUCAAAGGCGGUCAUCUGCUCUGUCAAGCAAGGUAGAGCGCUACAUGCCUGUAUCUUCAAUGGUGGAGCUUGAAAAGAAUCGAUCAGACAAGAAGUUUUACUUCGACAGCAGUACUGGAUUACUGUUUUUAUUUCUUCAAGCCAAAUAUAAUAGGGAUGGUCACAGUUAUUGCUCAUCUCAGGGAUGUGAAAGGAUCAAGAUUGUGACCAAAGAUUCAGCAAAAGGGAUCAGUAACUGCAUGGCAAAAGCUUACCCAAAGUACUACCAAGGACCAACCGUCAUAACACGAAUGCCAGUAAAAACUACUGUACCGUGUACUAAAUGCGGCACAACUCAGAUGGUAUUCACCAGUGAUCCUCACAAAAACUACCUCCUUGUGCAGAUUAAUUCGUCUGGUAAAAAAGAAUUAAGCAGAGGACAGCAAGCAUUUAUUUCUGUCAAUGACACUAUGUUUUCCUUCAAGGAUAAUGGUAUACUUAUUGUUAUAGUUGAUGCCUGCACUGGAACAGUGUUGGGAAACAAAUUAUUUUCUGGAGUAGACAUUAAGUGUGUAGAUGAUUAUUUAAAAUCUGGAAUUCCUCAAAGGUCUGUCAUUCUACUGAGCACAAGAGGUGAUGUAGCAAUUCCUCAUAAUUUAUCAGAAGCCUUAAUGUCCCUGGGGACAGCCAAACCGCCUUAUCUUCAGAGCAACGGAAGCGUGGCAUUUCUGGGCUUCAGAGGAAACUUUAAGCCAUCCUGGAUUAAGCUGUUUACCGGUCCUGCUGGGCAUGGGCUCGUUCAGAUAGAAAAGUAUAUCCCUUUGCAACUGGAAGAGUAUGGCUGUGCCAGAGCAGUCAAAAGCCGGCGGAAAGACCUUGAGCUUCUAAAGAAGGCUACACGAUCUCAUUAAAGACUGAGAUGUACAUAAAAGCUGGGGAAAAAAUGUGAACUAACUCAUUUUUUAAUUUAUGGCAUUUUAAACUAUGUUGUUAUCCAUGUAAUUCAUGUUAUUGUCUGACAGAUGUUUGCCAGCAUUGACUGCUUGAAUGCCAAUCUGCGCACCUUCUAGUUGUACAAAAUAUUAAAGAAUUUAUUAGUAUUUGUAUAAACAGGUUUCAGAGAUUUUUCAGAUGUUUGUAUUUACUGUAAACAAGUUCCUUCUGUUUAAUACUCCUUUUCUAUGUACGAGGGUGUUUAUAAAAGCCUUAAAUUGUUGGUAACAGGAGUUGGAGUGCAUCUUAGGUUACUUGAAAGAUUAACAUUAAAGUCUCCAUAAACAGCUUGAAUUGGUCAUUGUAACUUACACAUUUUCACUUAGCUGCUUAGGUAUUUUCCUGAGGGUUUAUUUAGCAGUCAGCUCAGUUACAUUCUCGAUCUGCUUUCCAAGGUGUUAAAAAACAAUUUCCCCCAUGCAUGCAGCUAACUGAAGGGGUUUAACCGCAGUAGGGUUUUUGCUUUGCUGUAUGAAAGGUGAAGAGGGGGUAUUCAAAUACCCAGCCCAGGGCUGAGUAAGGAUUGUGUAUCGUGCAACAGAAUUUAACAUGGCUCUGUGUACCGUCAUGGCGCACAGAGCAGAAAAUUACUGCCAUUCUUAAUUACCACCUCUUUACUAUUCACCCCUAAAUACACAGGUGUCUGUGAGAGUUCCUUCAGUAAACAGUCUGGGUGUUAAGGCUGCAGUCCUGGGUGCAGCUUGUCUGCAGCUCGCUCUUCUAAAGCUUCUAGCCAGAAGGGCAAAGCUGAGAUAUUGUCGUUGGCAAUUUAUUAUGAAACUAGGCUUCUACUCUUGCAAUCAUAUUUCCUUCCUCACCCUCCGCCCCCCACAAAGGCUAUCACAGCUUUACCUUUUAAGUGAAUGGGAAGUGCUCUCAGUUCAUUCAGGCAUGUUACAUGCUUUGCCUUAACUUCAGUUCUUUUAGUAUACUCAUGUUGCUAGUUCCUGUUGACUUUAUAUUAGGUCCAUUUGAUUUCUUUCAAUUUUAUUGCAAUUAUUUGACUCUUUCUACGGAUAAUUUUCUCAGUAGAAAAUCAUUUCACUGAGAACUGAGGCACAGCUGCCAUUUUUAAGGAUCCUGUCUUUGAAAUUAAAUUUCAGAGACUGGAAUGAUGCAUUUCACAAUAGGGAACACUAGAUGCCAUCGAGCUAAAAUGUAACCAUAGUUCUAAUAAAACUGACAUAGUUCCUCCUUGUAUUCUCAUUCAUUCUAGCUGGUAUAAUGUAUCUACCAUUCAGAGAUGCUUUGUGCUUUGAAUUCAAAAGGGAAUGGCUGCUGGAAAUACACCCAUCUUCUCCAAAGAAAUGGAAGAGCUGUGGGGAUUUUUUUUUAUUUUGUGUGUGUGUGCUUUAAAGGAGAGGAGGCACAGUAGCAGACCUAUUAUUCUGUUCAAUUGAAAUAUGCUACCUCAGUGCUACAAUUAAACUGCCAAGUGAGAAGGGAGGGAAAGGGAGCACAACAUAAGAGAUGAAGUUAACAAAUAGAUGACUGAUGUAAUUUUUAUUGUAAAACCAAGCCAAAUAGAUGAUUGUGUAUUUUGCAGUUGUUUUGAUGCACAGGUCUUCUAUAAUGUUAAAAAAAAAAAAAAAAAGAAAAAAAAAAAGGAUGUUUUGUUAGGGGAAAUGUGGUAAAUCUUUAAAGACUAGCUAUAAUGUUUGAUGUUACUAAUGCAGGUCAAUGUGAUUUAAAUGUUCUGAGUGCAGUAGUGAUAGUGUUUGGGGAUUAAAAUGGUUUUAAGACUUCCAUUGUUCUGUGGGUCAUGUUCAGCAGAGAAAUACCAAUGAGGUAGUGACCUUCAGGCGUGUGAAGUUUGCCAUUAUUUAUGAGAUUCUGCUGUUCUAAGCCAUCUUGUAAAAAUUGUACUUGGAAGUGUCAAGGGUAUUCUGAGGUAGGGCUUACUGGUGGACAGUUGGACCUGAAGUGUUGUCUUUUGUUUAAAUUUGAACUUGAUAAAUAGCAUAAAUAAAUUUUUACAUCUGACAAGACAAUAAAAUCUUGGAUCUCUUC